UUGGUGCUCCCGUAUCAAGCUUGGUUAGCAUGCUCUCCCAUCAAGAAAAUGGUCAGGUGUGAAGAUUUGAGGACAGCAAAUGGAUAUGUGUACCUAUAUGAAACUCUGGCUGGAUCUGGAAUUGAGGUGUACUCAAACAAUACUCCAAUAGCCUACCGUGGCAUGAACAAGCCUUUUGAUGCAAAUGUUUCUGAUAAGGUGAUAAGUGUCAACAACAGUGCUGUCAUCCUCUCUGAAUGCCUGAAUCUGACAUUGACAUUCUUUCAUGUUCUCCAAGGCGUGGUUGAGGAGUGCCAUUUGCAUUACAUUGUUGCAGAGAGGGAGCAUGAGGCUGUGACAACUAUCACUCUGACUGACAAUCUGACUGACACCUCGGACGACAUGUCAGGAAAUGGAGACAAAGCCAAAGCCACUACCCACACAAAGGAAAUCACUGCUGGUGUUCUGGUUAUCUUGGUUCUGCUGCUGGGAAUUGCUGGUUUCUUAGCGUACAGAUAUGCUGGUUUCUUAGCGUACAGAUAUGGCUGCAUUCCUUGGAGAGACAAACAUCGAUUUGCUCUUGCACAGCCAGCUUGGCUGGGUCGGGACUACCUUAACACCAACAGGGAAAACCAGAGGGACAACGGAGAUCCUGAUGAUCCAGCUGCUGAGGACGCUGAAUCUCUCCGAUCUGUGCUUGUCGUUGGCAGGGACCAGGGGGAUGGGGUGGAAGAGGAGAGGGAGCCACCACACAGUCAGGAGACACAUGUUGAGUCCUCUCUGCUGAAUGGACAUCUUGUGAACAGUCAAGGAGAGAGCGGUGAGCCAAGCGAGAGGUUCGUUCAGCCAAUGGGCAGUGAGGGAACAGAUACUGAAUUCUCUCAGAAGAGACAUGCUGGAUUUCCUCUGGUGAAUGGAAACCAUAAGGCCAGGGUUAAUGAUCAGACUAAGGAACCGACUACUGGUGCACAGAGUCCAGGACCUCCUCAGAUGAAUGGAGGACCUCCCAUGUCUGACAGGUUGGAGAACAACCCUGUUGGUCAGCGGAUGAAGAAAACUGCUCUGGUGAACAAGCAGGACCAGGACUGGUCAACAAUGGCAUGAAGCCAGUUGAAAAUAUAUAGCAUAUAAGAUGAAACUAAGUGUAAAUAUAAUAAUAUAUAACAUGAUAUACACUGUAAUAUAAAACAGUAUAAUAUAAUAUAAUAUAAUAUGAUAUAAUAUCGUAACACUUACUUGAAGCUGCUUCUUCUAUAGUGUUAUAUAUUCUAAUGAAUGCAUUCUUAACAACAUGAAUGAUGCAUUAAUGCAUUCAUAGGACAUAACUGUAUAGUAAAAUGCUAGUAUACUGUGCUGGUAAGCUGCUAGCUGUGGGGUUGCCCCCAGCUGUGGUUUCUAUUAUUCAGAGUAUCUACGCUCAACUGUGGUUCAAAUCCAAAGUUUUUAGCUUAGUUGUUACCGUAAACUGGCCCUUCUUAGAGACAAAGUUAUGGAAAAUGCUGUAUAACUACUUACCAUUCUGAAGUGUAACAGUCAGGUUUUUAUGUAACAACUGUUAAUCCCUUUUUUAAAUGUUUAUUUAUAUAUUUGUUUGCUUUGAUUUGAUUGAAUUAGUAUGACUAAUGCUUCAAUGACCAUGCAUUAUUUUACCCUCCUGUAUAGAGGGAUAUUAUUUUACCCUCCCGUAUAGAGGGAUAUUAUUUUACCCUCCCGUAUAGAGGGAUAUUAUUUUACCCUCCCGUAUAGAGGGAUAUUAUUUUACCCUCCCGUAUAGAGGGAUAUUAUUUUACCCUCCCGUAUAGAGGGAUAUUAUUUUACCCUCCCGUAUAGAGGGAUAUUAUUUUACCCUCCCGUAUAGAGGGAUAUUAUUUUACCCUCCCAUAUAGAAGGAUAUUCUUUUAGUGACUAAAACAUUUUCCAUUAUUUGUAUCCAAAAUAUGUUUAAUUAAAACAUAUAUAUUUCUUCUCAUA